UUGAGAUUUACUGGCAAGUCACGUCCUUGCUGUAUACCUAAUACGAAGAAUCUACAACGCUUGUGAGCACCGUUUUCACGUACAGCUUUAGACUCAGCAACUCUGUCUCUCUCUGUAGAGAACUCAACAGAGCUACAAAAAUGGUGGAGAACAAAACGGUGACGUCUUCAACGCCGGCGUUCAGGCUGAGGUGGGACGUUUUCCUGAGCUUCAGAGGAGAAGACACUCGCGACGGCUUCACAGACCGACUCUACAACGCGUUGGAGAGACAAGGUGUCCGAGUCUUCCGAGACAACGACGGGUUGACUCAGGGGGACGAGAUCGCUCAGAGCCUUCUCGACGCCAUCGAAGACUCUGCUGCUGCGAUUGCGAUCAUCUCUCCCAGAUACGCUAACUCACGGUGGUGUCUCGAAGAGCUGGCGAAGAUCUGCGAGUGCGAGAGACUUAUUCUUCCUGUUUUCUACCUUGUUGAUCCAUCGAACGUUCGAAGACAGAAAGGACCGUUUGAAGAAGACUUUCAAAGUCUCGAGAUUAGGUUUGGAGAGCACAAGGUCGGGAGAUGGAGAUCUGCUAUGGAAAAGGCUGGUGGAAUCUCUGGUUGGGUGUUUCAGAAUCGCGAAGAACCUCAGUUGAUUCAAUUAUUAGUCAGAAGGAUUCUGGAUGAAUUAAGCAACACUCCAAUCGGUGUGGCUUCAUAUACUGUGGGACUCAAUUCUCGUGUUGAGGAGCUGAUGAAAUUGUUAGAUGUUAAAUCCAGUCGUGUCCAAGUUUUGGGGUUUCAUGGAAUGGGUGGGGUUGGCAAGACAACCCUUGCCAAGGCCCUCUACAAUAAACUUGUCAGUCACUUUGAACACCGUAGUUUUAUUUCCAAUGUUAGAGAAGCAUCUAUGCAACAAAACGGUUUAGUAUCUCUUCAGAGAAAACUCCUUGGUGAUCUUUUGGGAAAUGCAUCUCUUGUAAAUGAUGUUAAUGCUGGCGAGAAAGCAAUUAGAGGGAUACUUCAUGAGAAGCGUGUCCUUGUUGUUUUAGAUGAUGUUGAUAAUGUAAGCCAACUUGGUGUACUGGCUGCCGGGAGCGAAUGGUUUUAUGAAGGAAGUCGAAUAAUUAUUACUACAAGAGAUAGAGAUGUUCUGCUUGCUUAUCAUGUGAAUGACAUUUAUGAGGUGAAAGAAUUGGGUUCCUCUGAUUCACUAAAACUUUUUCGUUAUCAUGCAUUGAGAAGUAAAAGGACCACUGAAACUUUCCUCAAUCUGUCUCAACAAAUUGUGUCCAUUACUGGAGGAUUACCCUUGGCUCUGGAAGUAUUUGGUUCUUUUUUGUUUGAUAAGAGGAGAGUGGAGGAAUGGGAAGAUGCUCUGCAAAAGUUGAAGCAGAUUCGUCCGGACGAUCUUCAAGAUGUCCUUAAGAUAAGUUUUGACGGGCUUGAUGAUGAAGAGAAGUGUAUAUUCCUCGACAUUGCUUGUUUAUUUGUUAAUCUGGAAAUGAAGAGAGAUGAUGUGAUUGACAUAGUGAAGGGCUGUGGCUUCAGAGCUGAGAUUUCAAUCAAUGUUCUGAUAGCAAGAUCUCUCAUUAAAAUUACUGAGGACAAGAGUUUGUGGAUGCAUGACCAAAUAAGGGAUAUGGGGAGACAAAUUGUUCAGCAUGACCACCUUGUAGAUCCUGGUAUGCGUAGUAGACUGUGGGAGUCUGGUGAAAUUCUAACUGUCUUGAAAGAUAGGAUGGGAACAAGAAAUAUUCAAGGGAUCAUUCUAGACUUUGAAAAGAAGAACUUUCCUAAGGAGAAGAGUGCUAAAUCAAUUUCUCGGGACAAAUUAAGGCAAGCACCCAGUAUCACCUCUGUAGUAACUUACUUGAUGGAGACAUACAAAGAGUAUUUCAACCAUGUUGCCAACAAAGAGGGAGAGAUGAUGCUUCAGACUAAACCAUUUCAAUCAAUGAUUUGUUUGAGACUGCUUCAGUUAAGUAAUGUGAGAUUGGAGGGAAAUUUCAAAUGCAUACCUCCUGAUCUAAAGUGGCUACAAUGGAGAACAUGUCCUUUGAAAAAUCUUCCUUCUAAUUUUUGUCCACGGCAGCUCGCAGUACUUGAUCUCUCAGAAAGCAAGAUAGAGAAUGUAUGGGGAUGGAGAUGGUGGUUUUGGUACAAUAACAAGGUGGCAGAGAACUUGAUGGUCAUGAAUCUUCAUGGUUGCUACAACCUAACUGCUAUUCCUGAUUUAUCUAAGCAUCAUGCCUUGGAAAAGUUGAUCCUCGAGCGUUGCAUUAGUUUAACUACGAUUCAUAAAUCGCUUGGGGAUAUGACUACAUUACGUCAUUUAAAUAUGAGAGGAUGUUACAACAUUGUUGACUUUCCAAAUGAUGUCUCUGGGCUGAAACAUCUAGAGAUCCUUAUCCUCUCAGGUUGCUCUAAACUGAAAGAACUACCACAAGACAUGCGUGGCAUGAAUUCUUUGAAAGAGCUUCUCAUUGAUGGAACUGCAAUAGAGAAGUUGCCUGAUACUAUAUUCUUGCUUACAAAACUUGAAAAGCUUAGCUUGGAUCGUUGCCAAUCACUAAAGCGACUACCCCAAUGUAUAGGGAAGCUAGGUUCUUUAAGGGACUUUUCUCUUAAUGGUUCUGCAUUAGAAGAUAUGCCUGAUUCCAUUGGCUCGUUGGGAAAUCUUGAACAACUAAGUUUGAUGUGGUGUAAAUCACUUACUGUAUUACCUGAUUCUGUUGGCAAUAUCAAAUCAUUAACAAAAUUUUGGCUUAACAGUAGUUCAGUGAAAGAACUGCCAACUUCUAUUGGGUCAUUAGCCUAUCUGAAGGACUUAUCACUUGGCAACUGUUGUGAUAUUAGCAGAUUGCCUGUUUCCAUUGGAGGGUUAGCUUCUAUUGUUGACCUUCAGUUAGAUGGGACAUCGAUCAUAGAUCUGCCAGAUCAGGUCGAUGGCUUGAAAUCUCUUGAGAAGCUUGAGAUGAGAAAUUGUAGAUCUCUUAGAUCAUUGCCAGAAUCAAUUGGAUGUGUGUUAACUCUUUCUGCAUUGAUCAUAGUGAAUGCUGCCAUAACAGAGCUGCCAGAAUCUAUAGGGAUGUUGGAAAAUCUUAUCAUGUUAAGGUUGAAUAAAUGUACAAAGCUUUGCAGACUGCCCGCUUCAAUUGGGAAUUUGAAGUCCCUCCACCACUUGCUAAUGGAGGAAACAGCUGUGACAGAAUUACCUGAAAAUUUUGGCAUGCUCUCAAGACUGAUGAUAUUGAAAAUGGCGAAGAAGCCUGACCAUGAAGUAUCUCAGAAUGCUGAAAAUACAGAGCUUCCAUCUUCUUUCUCAAAUCUUUCCUUGUUAGAAGAAUUUGAUGCCCGUGCAUGGAAAAUAGCAGGGAAAAUACCUGAUGAUUUUGAAAAACUGUCGUCUUUAGUGCUUUUGAAUCUCAGUCACAAUGAUUUUUCCAGUCUUCCUUGUAGUCUAAGAGGACUUUCCAUUCUCGAAAAGCUUGUACUGUCCCACUGUAAAUAUCUCAAAGUUCUUCCCCCACUUCCCUCAAGUUUGGUAGAGUUAAAUGCUGCAAACUGUACUGCACUGGAAAGUAUAUCCGAUAUAUCAAAUCUGGAGAAUUUACAAAACCUGAACCUUGCAAACUGUGAGAAACUAACGGGUAUUCCAGGUCUUGAAUGCUUGAAGUCCUUGAGAUGGCUGUACAUGAGUGGUUGCAGUUCUUGCUCUUCAGUGGUAAAGUCAAAACUUGAUAAGCUUGCUUUGAGGAAUUUGAACAGUUUAUGUGUGCCUGGAAGCGAAAUCCCAGAUUGGUUUACUCGAGAUGAGGUUUCUUACUCAAAGCCCAAAAACCGUGUGAUCAAAGCUGUAAUUGUAGGCAUUGUUGUCUCUAUCGACCAUUCCAUACGAGAUGAUCUAAGAGAUCAAUCCCCUGUAGUAGCAGGUAUUCUAAUAACGAUCCUCAGAUUGAACAAACCAAUAUUCAAUACUGCACCGCUUUUAGAAGGAGUGCCAAAGACAGAUGAAGAUCAUUUUUACUUGUGCCGAUAUGAAAAUUAUAAUCCAUUGGUUUUGUUUCUGAAAGACGGUGACAAGAUACGAGUGGCAACGCAGAACCCUUCUCCUGUCAAGGGGGUUCACCUGAAGAAGUGUGGGAUUCAUCUGGUAUUUGAAAAUGAUGAUGAUUACGUCGGAGACGAAAAUUUCUUGCGUGAAGAUCAGCAGUCUGUAUCGCAGAAAUUAACGACGUUCAUGGGAUCUUCUGAAGAAGAUAAACAGACCUUGGACCCCAUUUCUAAAGUUGAAAGAGAAAAGCCAGAGAGGAAACAAAGAGAUGGAAAUUCAUUUGUUCUUCUCUUCAUUGUUCUUCCUUUAUCCUUCCUGCUGUUGAGUUGGUUGGUAUUCAUGUUUUAUAUUUAUAGUUAAGCAAUGCUAUAUAUGUAAUCUUAUUUCUUACCCUAUUUUCUCACUUGUAAAUCGUAGUGUACAGAUGAUUAUUUACAGAAUGGGACACAUGUGAGACGAAGGGCGGGUCUCACACCCCAUUAUGUGAAAAUCUUUUGUGUUUCUAUUCUAGAUGCAUGAAAAUGAGAUUCAUAUUAAUAAAUGCACAUGAGAUCUGCCCAGUUGUAUGUUUAGAAGUGAGAAAAUGCGGUAAGAAAUGGAAUUAUACAUAGCAUUUUCUUUAAUAGUUUGUGCUUUUAUUUGCAAAUUUCAAUUUUCAAUUAUCUUGUGAUGUAUUAUUUAUGUAUGCAGUUUACUAUAUAUUGUUCAAUUCUUGAACCUAAUUCAUUUUGUGAUAACCAAA